AUGAACGUGUCCCCGCGUAAUUACAAUGCCCACUCGAAGACACGGGCGUGUAACGGCACUCGGGGCGACCGCACGACCUCCCGGGGCGAACGGGGCGAGUACAUGCCGCAUUCGGGUGGAAAUAUAAAACAUGUUCAUUAUUUUGGGGCUAAUUGGGUGAGGUUUGCAGCCGGAGUGGAGCGUCGCGUCGCCGCCCGCCCUGGGCAGUACCCAGUCUGCGCACCGCGUAACGGCCUCAUUACGCCCGACACAAUACGUAUACACAACGCUUUUGCAUUAAGC